AUGGCGGGGCGGAGGAACGGCUUGAGGCGGGAGGAGGAGGAAGGAGGAAGUGUGGUUUUGGGUGCAAGGAUGGUGGGGGGUGGGGGGCCCCGGGGGCAGGCAGGAGCAGUCCGCGCCCCACGGCCCACACCCCACCACACGACCCCCCCAGGGGGCCGCUCAGAGCAGCGGCAGAAGGGAGGGGGGCCACAGAAGGGAGGCGGCAGAGGCGGCCAGCGGCCGGGGCGGGCGGCCCCAGCAGGAGACCGGCAGCCGGCCCACCGGCAGAGGCCCGGCCGCCCACACCCAACCCCCCCCCGACGCCACCCCGCCACCGGCAGAAGGAGGGAUCAGACCAGACCGGGGCCGGGCCAGCAUAAGGCAGACGACCGCCGGGGCAGACCGACCGGCCCGCAGGAGGCCGGGGCCCGGCCCCGCAGGCCCGACCGAGGGCCGGAGAGGGCGGGGGCCCAGAGGCCCCCCCCGGGGGGCGGCGAAGCCGGAGGAAAUAAGCCGAGUCAGAAGGGCCGGGCAGCACAGCCAGCAGAGGCCGGGGCCCAGAGGGGCAGCCAGGACAGGACAGGGGGGCCACCGGGCAGAAGAGGGCCCAGCAGAGCGGGCCCCGCGGCAGACGGAGCCGGCCUGAGGCCAGCCAGAUCCGAAGACAGGAGGCAGAGCAGCACCGAAGGAGCGGGGGCAGGGGCAGACCCAGAGGAGGACGGCAGAGGGCGAAGACAUAAGCGACCCCCCGCGGGCCAACAGGGGCCCGCGGGGCCAGAAACAGCCACCCGGGCGCAGCCGGGGCAUGCCCGACGGCGCGCGGGGCCGCAGGGGGGGCAGCCGAAGGCGGAUAGGGCCGCGCCAGAGGGGGGGAGCCGGGGCUGGCCGGGGCAGGCAGAGCAGAAGAGUCAGAGCAGGGAGACCAUACGAGGCCCGACGCCGACCCCGGGGGCGCGGCGAAGGCACACCGCAGGGAGCCCGACCCGAGAGCCUACGCGCGAAGGCCCGAGGCGACGGGGGCCAGAGGACGCUAGGCCCCGGACCAGACAUAAGGAUCGGCCGACAGAGCGGGCAGAGGCAGAACCGCGGAGAGGCACAGAGGCGCAGCGGCCGCCAGACGGAGGAAGGCGAGGGCCGAGGGGGUCCGCAGAGCGGCGGGUACGGUGA